AUGCGGUUACUCGGCGUAUUGGGGCUCUUGCUUCAGUGUGGCUCAAACAGUGAUGCCCUGGGAACAUGUACGGUCCAGGGCAGAAAGAUAACCCACCGGUUCCACCUACUGCGACACUGCCAAAGAUCGGACCGGAACAUCGUCGGACUAGCGAGUACGCGAACCGUACGCGAGUGCGCCGAUUUGGCCCGCACAACCCAAGGACUGGCUUUCAAUUAUGCUCCGACGGGGCGCAACGGGAGUAAUUGGUACGACGUGGUCAACGAGGUGACCGGGAACAAUAGCACCCCUGCGCCGUGGAAGACCACCACCACGACCAGUUCACCGUUUGCGGACUUGUACAACUGCCAAGUGCUGGACUGUCCCGAGUAUCGCAAUUUGUCGACGAUCGUGAACGAUACCCGCUUCGAUUACUAUACCCUCUACGGGAGGGUUCUUCCUUCAACAAACGCGACGUGCGUUCCGUCGAUCGGUGUGUUUCUGUUCGAGGACACGAAAUUGAACUACUCGAGGGCAUACAACGCGUGCCAAACGUUCGGUGGUAGUCUUGCACACGUGGCCAGUGACAUGCGAACAUUCCACCUGUCUCGGAUUAUUUCGGAUGUGGCGAGGGGUAAUGAAUCCUCUGCAACCGAGUACUACGUCGGUCUGAAUGAGUCGAUCUACGAUCGGUUUUAUACGUCCGCGGACGAGCGGCUAGAGUGUUUCACCUUCCGUGCCUGGGCCCCUGGACAUCCGGCAAGGAACCGAGUGCCGGGGUGUGUUGCGCUGACCGGCGAAGGAUCCUGGAAGGUGUUUAAUUGCAAUCGACCCCUGCCGUACAUCUGUGAGCUACACACUUCCGGCCCUGCCAUGUUUAAGCCCAACGUUCGACGCAAGUGUUCGGUGAAACGACCCAACAAUCGGCUCGGGGCCACUAGAAAACGGAUCAAUACAUAG